GCCCAUAUCACAGCUUAACCGGCCCCGCCCAUCGUACAAGAGACGCUCUCAUUUUCCAAAAGUUGGCUGCAAAGUUCAUGUUGCCUGUCCAUUCACAGAUCUUCUUUGAUUCAGAGACCUGAAAACCAAGAUGGCUCCUAUUCUCUUGGAAAAUUUGAUUCUACCAGCUGGGGUGUCUUUAAUUCAUGCUUAUCAGUUGGCAUCAUUUGCUCGCCAAACUGGAAAAUCAAGAAGAACUUUCAAUGUCCCUUACCCAGCCACUACAGGAGAUGAGAGAUUUAUGCGCUACUACAGAGCACAACAAAAUACAAUAGAGUUUGCACCCAUCUUUUACCCACUUCUAUGGUCUGCUGCCCUCUUUUGUCACCAAGUUCCAGCUGCACUCUUUGGACUGGUGUACAUAUAUGGACGUAGGGAAUACUUCAAUGGGUAUAUCAAGGAGGUCAAAGGAAGGCUCUAUGGCUUUGGUAUCUGUGUGAAUGCCAUCAAGGCUCUUCUCGGCCUGUCUGUCCUGGGUAUUGGACACCUCACCCUCAUGACGUACGCUGACAUUGAUGUCAAACAUAUGAUCAUGGCACGAUUUAAAUAAUCAUUACUCUGAUCUUUCUACUUCUCUAGUGAAGGCAAUGCUAUGCAAUGUCCUUGUAGAUUAAGUGAUUUUUAACUAUGAAAAGCCAGCAACCCCCAAUAUCUACACUGCCAUAUAAAUCUGGUACAUGUAUGACAAAUACCCUACAUUUUAAUUGUUCUGGCCCAUGUGUACAAUCCUUAUUUACGAAGGGAUGCAUGCAUAAGGUUCAAUAAUUAGUUGCUGGCUGAAAGAACAUCUCAAUAGACCAGUUCGUAGUUACAUAAUGUAAGCAUGCCUUACAUGAAAGGCUAGAAUAUUUAGCAUACAAAUGAACAGUGUUUGAUAGUAGAUAUAAUCAGACAUCAAAUUAAAGCUUAUGUCACCUGAGUGAAAAUUACUUCUUCCAAUCAUGCACAAAAUUGAACUACGAACUGGCUUAUUUAAGCCUGAUUAUCUGAAAUAUUGUAUAUUUUGUGUGAGAUCAUUAUCUUGUGAUUCCUGUAGAUGUUGUGUAAAGUAAAAUUUGCAUUCCUUAAUUUUAAUUUGUAUAUGUUGGCAUACAACAUGGACACUGAAAUCCUAUUUUAUGUUUUUUAUAAUUGCAUUUAUUAUGAUUAAUAAUUUCUAUUCUACAUAUGUACAGUAAUAGUGACAACUUUCUUGAGAGGUUUAAUUCUAGUUAUGCAUUUAGUUAGAUCAGUAUUGCACAGAACAAAAGAGGGUCGAGGGCAUUCUAUGUUAUUAACAGAUAAAUAAUCACACAUACAGUAUCUCCAAGACUCUUGGUGUUGCAAGCAAGCAAUCAAAUUGCUUUCAGUCAGACUUUUAAUUGAUGUAUUGUAACUUGCGACUUCCACAAUUUUCAAUAAAAUCUUAAAAUGAGUUA